UGGCCUUCAAAAAAAAAGUAAACGACAAAAGGAGCGAAGAGAGAGGCGAACGUCUAAGGUCGAAGCUGAGGGCCAUGGCUCGUGGGCAGCAGAAGAUUCAGUCCCAGCAGAAGAAUGCCAAGAAGGCAGCAGAGAAGAAGAAAUCUCAGGGCGCUGACCAGAAGACUGCAGCUAAGGCUGCUCUGGUCCACACGUGCCCCGUGUGCCGGACACAGAUGCCUGACCCCAAGACUUUCAAGCAGCACUUUGAGAGCAAACACCCCAAAUCCCCCAUGCCUCCGGAGCUGGCAGACGUUCAGGCAUAAAGGACUGCUGACUGGACCUGAACCAGGAUGCACGACGACCACGGACUAAACGCUGGACCACGGAGCCUGGAGGUUGUUGCUGAUGAACUCUGGGGCCUGUCAGUAUUCAUGGACAACGGGUUGGGAUGGAGGGAGGGGGGUGGGUGUACGUGCUGUGUACCUGUUUGUUGUGUAAGAGAGAACUAUAAUGCAGUAGUCCACCAGCAGCCAUGUCUUGUAUUUAUUGUAUACAGCUACCUGACCCCGAAAGCAGCAGGACCACUAAAGUGUUGCGGCUAAUGAAUUACAAUGUCUAGAGAAACUACAAUAGGAAGUAAAACCUAAAGUGUUUUUGAAGUUGUGGCAGGUAAUUUUCUGUAGUAA